CAUGUGGUCACUGUUGUUCACUUGAAGGAGUGUUGCUGGCUCUCCGCAUUGUAUCAUAUUUAUUCCCCUAAGUUUAAUGCUCAUCUGUAAGCCCUUGGAAGCAAGGAAGAGCAAACACCUUCCCGGAGUCAGAGGAGAGCAAGAAAGCCAGCACACUGGCCCCAUGACUUGAGGACCCCAGAAGAUAGUCCUUCGAUUCGCUGGUGCAAGAACCACUCUGAAUCUCUGCUACCAAAGGGAUCAUCCUCUCGGAGUCCCAAACUCAAAAGUCAGGGUCAGACAUUCCUCUCUUCUAGAGCUGAUCCCAGCUUUCUCUCCCAGCCAGUGUGUUGACCCUUCGCAGUACCAUCUCUCUAACGCAUUGAAGCUGCAGCACACCUAAAGAUGGAAGAUAACCAGAUAACCCUGGUCAACCUUGAGAGGGGCUCAGAUAACCCAGCUUUCAGCUCCCAGGGGGAAGAGAGGCUCCAUAAGGAAUCUGAUGAUCCAUGUGGUGAGAGCAAGGAGGAGAGGGGAAGAGAAGGGAAAGGCAGAUUCUCCUCUUACUGGAGGAAGGCCCUGCACCCGGCAUCCAAGGCAAAGCGUUUCUGUAAGGCUCAUGCCAAGGCAAUGCAGAAGGUCGUCUUGGGGCUCCUUUGUAUAGCCUACCUGUGCUACUUCGCUGCAGCCUGUUGGCUCAACUUCCAGCGAGCCCUUGCCUUGGUUGUUAUGACUGCUCUGGUUGUCUUCUUCAUGUGCUGGAGUCUCUUCCAGAAGCACUGUGGGGCAAAGAUAUUGCAGCUCCUCAGGCCCUGUCGGAAAUGCUUCCAAAAGUCCUGGCCGUGGCUGAAAUGGAUGCUCUGUGUGGUCCUCCUGGGUGGUCUGACCACCUGGCUGGUUUUGGACACCUCCAGAAAUCCAGAGCAGCUCGUCUCAUUUGCUGGUCUCUGCUUUUUGGUUCUGUUCCUGUUUGCCUGCUCAAAGCACCACGGCGCAGUGUCCUGGAGAGCUGUUGUCUGGGGCCUUGGCCUGGAGUUUUUACUUGGACUCUUCAUCCUCCGAACAACCCCUGGCAUCCAAACAUUCCAGUGGCUGGGUGACCAGAUCCAGUUCUUCCUGAGUUACACCACAGCUGGCUCCAGCUUCGUCUUUGGGAAUACGCUCAUUGAAGAAAUCUUUGCCUUUCAGACUCUGCCCAUCAUUGUUUUCUUCAGUUGUGUGAUGUCUGUCCUCUACUACCUUGGUGUCAUGCAGUGGCUCAUUCUCAAGAUCUCCUGGGUGCUUCAGGUCUCAAUGGGCACCACUGCCACUGAAACCCUGAGUGUGGCGGGGAACAUUUUUGUGGGACAGACUGAAUCCCCACUGCUCAUCCGCCCAUACCUUGCAGACAUGACCAAUUCAGAAAUCCACGCUGUGAUGACUGGUGGCUUUUCCACCAUAGCGGGCAGUGUGAUGGGAGCCUACAUUUCUUUUGGGAUAGAUGCAGCAUCGCUGAUUGCAGCCUCCGUGAUGGCUGCACCCUGUGCGCUCGCCAUGUCCAAGCUCGUCUACCCCGAAGUGGAAGAGUCCAAGUUCAAGGGCAAAGAAAACAUCCGCCUUUCCUGUGGGGAGGAGCGGAACAUCCUGGAAGCUGCUAGCAAUGGGGCUGCCGCCUCUGUGGGGCUCGUGGCUAACAUCGCAGUCAAUCUCAUUGCCUUCUUGGCAGCUCUAGAGUUUAUCAAUGCUGCAUUGCGCUGGUUCGGGGAGAUGGUAGACAUCGAGGGGCUCUCCUUCCAGGUGAUCUGCUCCUACAUCCUCAUGCCCGUGGCCUUUCUCAUGGGGGCAGACUGGGCAGACUCACCACUGGUGGCUGAGCUCUUGGGGAUCAAGAUCUUCUUGAAUGAGUUUGUGGCAUACCAGCAGCUGGCCACGUACAAGAAGAACCGGCUAUCAGGCCUGGAGGAGUGGGAUGGGAGCCGGAAGCAGUGGAUAUCUGAGCGAGCUGAGAGCAUCACCACCUUUGCACUCUGUGGAUUCGCCAACUUCAGCUCCAUCGGGAUCAUGUUGGGAGGCCUGACCUCUAUGGUACCCCAACGCAAGGGUGACUUUGCCUCCCUUGUGCUGCGAGCCCUGCUCACUGGCAUCUGCGUCUCCAUGCUCAAUGCUUGCCUAGCAGGCCUCCUUUACGUGCCAACAGAGGUGAGCGACUGUGUGACCUUCCUCAGCACCACCAACUUCAGCUCCACCAGCUAUGCCACAUACACAUGCUGCAAGCAGCUCUUUGCCAGCUCAAUGCUUGGGGAGAAUGGGACCCUUUCCUUCACGGCUCCCUGGGCAGGUGUGGAGGAGAGCGUGCCAUGCCUGAUCCAGUGCUGUGGACACUACAACCACACGACCUGCGCAGGGUGAUCCUGGACUUGCUGUGGCACCCAAAGGUGCAGGCAGCUGCCAGCUCCUGGAUCAAGGGCCUCCAAGCACUGGGGUCUACCCACAAAGGCACAAAAAUCCCCAACACAGACCCAUGCAUCUGUAUUUCUCCCCUCUGCCCCACUGGUGCCAGGUAGCAGAUACCUGCAGACAGGGGGGACAGCUCCCUAAUAAACCAUGGAA